GAUUUCUUUAAAAGACACUCAAACAACGAGACCCGUGAGAUUCCCCGAGACCUCCGGGCCGAGCGAUCGACUUGGGUCGGAGAAAGAGAACCACAAACGAUGUCAUCGUUCGCCGGGUCGACCCGACCGUUCGACGACGACGGGUAUAUCGGCUACGAUCCUCGCCUCCCGUCCCAGCGAUUCGACUCCUUCUCAAACUUCGACGCCGAGUCGGUCAAGGACUCGGCCGCCGGCGACUCCUCCCCGAUCUUCGCCUCCAGCCAGUCUUACAGCUCCGGAAACGAUGUCUUCUCCUCGCAGCCGGUGCUGGAGGACCUGUCUCCGCCGUCUGUCUACGCCACCGCCGGAGGAUUCUCGGAAUUCUCGCCGGGGCAGAACGGCGAGGGCUUCGAUGGAGGUUUUGACUCGUUGGACGGCCCGAUCCUGCCUCCGCCGGCGGAGAUGCAGGUGGAGGAGGGUUUUGCUCUGAGAGAGUGGCGUAGACAGAACGCGAUUCGCUUGGAAGAAAAGGAGAAGCAAGAGAAAGAGAUGUUGAAGGAGAUAAUUGAGGAAGCGGAGGAGUACAAAAUUGAGUUCUAUAGGAAGCGCAAGGUUACUAUUGAGAACAACAAAGCUGCUAACAGGGAGAAAGAGAAGCUAUUUUUGGCAAAUGGGGAGAAGUUCCAUGCUGAAGCUGAGAAGAAUUACUGGAAGGCAAUUGGAGAACUUAUCCCGCAUGAGGUGCCGACUAUAGAGAAAAAGGGGAAGAAGGACAAAGAGAAGAAGCCUGCCAUUGUUGUGAUCCAGGGGCCCAAGCCUGGGAAGCCAACUGAUCUCUCAAGGAUGCGUCAGAUACUUGUGAAGCUCAAGCACAAUCCUCCUCUCCAUAUGAAGCCCAAACCACCACCAUCAUCAUCAUCAGAAACUAAAAAGGAUGCUAAAACCAUUCCUCCCGCUGCUGCCGGUGCUAGUGCUGUUCCUCCCAAGGCUGCCGCCUUGGCAUCCCCCAAGGCGGUAGCUGCUGUUUGAGAUUGCAGCUCCGUCUUGUGUAUGUGAAAAGGAAGGGGCUGUGACUUAGAGAUGCCUAAUUUGUAUGAAACUAAACAGUUAUGAUACGUGGAAGUGAGUCUGUAUGUGUGCAUGUUAGUUAGCUGUCUAGCCAAUGUAGAAAGGUUUCUGUUUCAUGUGUCGAUUUUGGUUGCUUAAUGUUUUGGUGUAGUGUUGCCGUUUGAAAUUGUUAAUUUUUCUCUCUUGUGCCA